AUGACGUCAUGGCCAAUAGGCCAAGAACGGGGACAGAAUCACGAACCCCCGCCACCACCAGCACCGGACUUGUCCUUGAAAGUGGAUAACCCACCCCACCUUGAUGACAGAUCCCUUAAGAAGCCAAGAUACAAAGACAACGGAACUCCACCCAACAGUGCAGAAAGCAUUAAAGUAGAAGCAAGGACCACCCCUUCUGAUGCUCCAUCGCCCAGAAGUGCUGCUUCAUCAGCGGAAUCCGAACCGGCCGGGAAUGCACCCCAUCCUAUGAAUUUCAGAGAAAAGCUUUUUGGAGGCAAACGGCCAAUUUUCCAUGAUCUGUUUGGUGACGACAAGGAAAUUACAAACCUGGAAGAAGAUGUUGUCCUAAUUAAAGACGGACCUAUCCCAAGGGCAAUAGUCCAUGACAGAGUAGAAGUACAGUUAGCAAAAUGUUGGCAGAAUGUAGUUGUCGUUAAACUUAUGGCGGGGCGAUUACACUACCACAACUAUAGUACCGUCUUGAAGAAGUUGCAGGAGAGUCAUUCGGUGCCAGAGUUUCCAAAUGCCACAGUCGUGCCAAACAACCUUGAUCCCGGGAAACAUACGGCAGUGGUUGUGCAACCGGUGGUGAGUGGGAAUUCGGUAAUGGAGAUAGAGGCGGGGAAUGAUGAAUUGGAGGACAGCGGAGCUGAAGGUGGAAGUCACCUUAGAAAGGCUCAACCGGAGAAAGAGCAGAUCGACGAAGAGGAGGAGUCUUUGUGGAUGCAGAAAGCUAAUAGACAGUGGAACAUGGAUGGAGAUAAAAACACUACUUUCUACCACUGCUAUGCCAAGGGCAGACGCCGUAGAAACAGGAUUGGGAUGCUACGCAAUGAUGCGGGAGAAUGGGUACAAGACCAGAUGCAAUUAAGAUCCAUGUCAACGGAGUUCUUUCACAACCUGUACGGGGCAAGUCUGGAACCCUACACUACCUAUAGGGUGAAGGAAUGUUUCCCGGAGCUUGAAUCCACCCAUAUUCGGGCAUUGAGUAGAGAGGGCCGGUGGAGAUGGGAAAUGUUUGCCAACGCACUCCUUACUACGGCUCUGUUAAAAAUUGCGUCAACCAUGCCACCCAAUCCUUUGGUGGGGAAGGAUUCAUUCUACUGGGCACAUGAUUCCAAGGGGAUCUUUACGGUGCGAUCGGCGUAUGGGGCUCUGAUGGGCGAUGAACAAGGAGGAAGGGAGGCUUCUUUCUUUGCCCAUGAUCACCUUGACUGGAUGAUUGGCAAUCUACAAAAUAGACUCCUGCGGACAGAGGAUUGGCCGUUGAUAUUUGGGGUUACAGCUUGGAAGAUAUGGAGCUGGAGGAACGAUUUCGUUUUUCAAAACCAGGACCACCAAAGUUUCUCGAAGAACAGGGAAAUAUGGAGGAAGGUUCGGCAGGUGAAAGAUGCAAUCCGACACAACAGACGAAUGGGAGCCACGAACAGCAACAAGGAGAUUCGCAUGCUGUUUUGGAAGCCUCCUGCAGGAGAUCGGAUCAAAGUUAAUUCCGAUGGGGCUGUCUCAGGGGAUACAGGGCUUGCUUCAGCUGGGGGAGCCAUAAGGGAUCGAUAUGGAAGAUGGAGGGGAGGAUUUCUGAUGAAUAUUGGGUACUGUUCAAUAACAGGGGCUGAGAUGUGGGGCUUGUAUCAAGGGCUGAAGCUAGCAUGGGACUUGGGAUAUAGAGAAGUGGAGGUGGAAGUUGAUAACCUAAGCGUCGUACAAAUGCUUAGCGAAGGCAAUAGGCAGCCUGGUUCUCACAUAGGCCUUCUCAGAGCGAUUAAGGAGCUUUUGUCUAGAAGUUGGGUGGUCAAAGUCAACCACUCCCAUAGAAAAUGUAAUAUGGUAGCAGAUUUUUUGGCAUCUUUGGCGGCGACGAAUCCGGGUGGCCUAACAUACUUGGAUUCGGUGUCUUCAGAAAUUUUACCAUGGUUUAAUCAUGAUAUCGUAAGGCUCGUCCAAUUCAUCUUUCAAAGUUCCAACGGCGCUGCACGAGGAGGUCGGUUUACCGGCGGCAGUUCCUAUCGCCCUCCGAUGGCUUUCUCUCGAUUGUUUUCUGCAAAUUCGAUUUAUGCAGGAACAACACCUCCAUCGAUCGGCCUCCUUCCCAGGGCAAUGCAAUGUGUGAUCGCGAAGGUAGAAAAAAUGAUCUGA